AUGCUUUUGAGCAUUACUGGAACGGCCGCUAUCACUGGUGGAGCCGAGAGAACGGUGCAGGCAGGCGCAGGGAACACUAUAGAAGACUCCGGGUCCCGAAAAUUAGACUACAAUGUCAUGCCUUAUAUGCGCCCUCUGGGUUUCCGGUUGCUUAAGAUUCUGGGAAAGGGCGGCUUUGGCAUGGCGUGUUUGUUCGAGAUGACUGAUGUCGACGGGCAGAAGCAUCAGAUUGUUGUCAAGGCGGGUACAAGGAACGAUUUGAUGCGAGAACGAACAUAUCUCACUCGGCUGGCUGGAGCGAGGCAUAUUCUUCAGCAGCAAGUGAUACGGGGGUUACCUCCACCAGCAACUAUCGAGCCAACUCCGCCGCAUGUAUUAAACCUCUUCGGUGGGAAUCCUCCCGCAUUCAUCGAAGAGACGUUCAAUAUGAACCCAACCAUGGUGGGCCUGGAAUUUAUGAAGUACGGCGAUGUUCACAGCCUCCUACAAAAAGCCGGCAGUCACCAGAAGACAUGGAAAAGCGAAGAGCUUUGGUACAUCUUCCACUGCCUCGAUGGGCAUCCAGCCAAUCAUGACGGUACUGUGGUUCAUUUCGAUAUAGAGCCGCAGAAUGGCCACUUGCAUAACACGACACCUAUAUUCAAGAUAGGCGACAUGGGCAUCGCGCAAACGUUUACACAACGACAACGCCGCCAGCUUUGGCCUCUUCUGAGAUGUAGGAGAGUAGGAAAACCAUUUAUUUUCACACCGAUUAUGUGGCAAUUAAUCCUAGGCGUGUACCCUGAUGAGCCACCUCAAGUCGUUAAGCUCGACCUACCAAAUUUCCCGUUUUGGACUUAUGGUGGCAUGCUGUUGUUUGAUCAAUCUGAGUCAACGCAACGCAUAGACUUUGACCUACGCUUCGUCGUGGCCGCAUGCAUGUCCCACCUUCCACAAGCCAGGCCUACGAUGGUGGACCUUGAACAAGUAAUACUUCGGGCUCUCGGCUAUGACUGGGCAGCUCGAGAGACCAUGCCCGACGAGAAGUUCUCCAUGAGGGAGCUCUUGGGCCAUCCCAAAACCCGAUCCCAGUACCGCCUGCGGGCGGCGCACCUCCACAGAGGGGACCCAACGCACCACCUCCACCUCAGCCUCCACCUCCGCCUCCUCCGCCUCCUCCGCCUCCAUCUACGCCAGGCUCAAUCCUGGCGGGUUUAUUGA